AUGCUUCAACUUGCUUGGAUCCUUCAGUGUGGAGUUUUUACACUGCUCUGGGAUAAGCCUACACUGAAAAUCCAGAUUAUCAGCACGAAUGAUCCUACGUUCUCUUAUGCCGUGUUUGGAGGAAGAGUGCAGAAGAAUGAGAUCUACAUCGAGAGGCUGAAAGGAGACUCUGUGCUGUUACACAUUACAAAGCUGCAAAAAAGUGAUGAAGGGACAUAUGAGUGUGCCACUCCGAGCACAGACAAAGUAUACCGGGGGUCCUACAGUGCUAGGACAAAUUUGACAGUCAUUCCAGACACACUCAGUGCAACAUCGGUACCUCAGACCCUGAAUAAAGUUGAAGGUGACUCCCUGGAACUGGUCUGUGAAGUAUCUAAACAAACAGCACAGCACACACACGUGGCUGUCACAUGGUACAUACAGAAGGAAGAUCAGAAUGCCACGGUCAUCUCUCUCACACGAGAUUUUGUUCUGCGUUCUGAAGGAAGAUAUAAACUAAGGCAGGCAUCAGGAGAUAUACGGCUGGACAAGAUUGAAGUGACUUCAUUCAAACUCACCAUUUCCAAACUACAGAUGUUUGAUCAGGGAGAGUUCUACUGUGAGGCUAAAGAAUGGAUCCAAGACCCAGAUAAAUUCUGGUAUAACAUUGCCCAUAAAAUCACUGAACAUACAACAGUUUAUGUAGAAGCAGCAGGAAUACAGGGCCAUAAAACAAGAGCAGAUUCAAAGGGAUCAUGGAUGCGUGUACAAGCCUGGAAAAUGUUCCCCUUUCUCACUCUAAUCCUUCUGCUCAACUGAGGGGAGAAAAGUGUCAUUGCUACACUGACCCAAGUAUGCAUCCAACAGUUUCCUUCACUGUUUUAUUGAGCUUUGAAGAAUUACAGCAGUCAAAGAAAUUCAAGUCACUGCAUUCUGUUUGACAAACUUUAUGAUUAGGGAGGGAGAAGACCAAGUAAGGUUAUGAAUCAAUUCUAUGAUAUCACGUAAAAGAAUACAGUGAUGCAUUUUAAUGGGGUUAAUGGCCAAGAAGCUCAAAACCUUGCACCUGUUCCUCAGUUGUCAAUUGAGCACUUAGUAUCUAAUGUGAUGUGUGUCCUUUUUCGGCCAGAAAUGUGCCACUGUCUUAUUGGACAUGUUUCUAUCAUGGCAUCUAGGAUUGUUACCAAAACCAUGGAAACCACUGAAUAAUAAAUUUGAAUACUGCAUAA